AUGACCAAACACGUCUCCUCCGUCUCCCCAGCCGCGCUCAAGGAAUACACUCUCUCCGCGCCUGGCAUUCGCGCUACGUUUAUCCCGUUCGGAGCGCGUCUAAAGUCUCUCAGCGUCCCGGAUAUCAAGGGCGUGUGGCGCCAAGUCAACCUCGGAUACAGCGAUGCGCAGGGAUAUGCCGAUGAGGUGCGGCCGAGCUACUAUGGCGCGGUGAUUGGCCGAUACGCCAACCGAAUCCGGAAGGGCACGUUCUCCGUCGACGGGGUGACGUCUACCAUUUCCCAGAACGAGAACGGUAAUACCCUCCACGGCGGCGAGAUCGGAUACGACGCGCGCGAGUGGACCGUCCUCUCCUCCACCUCUACCGCCAUUACGUUCAGCCUCAUGGACUAUGGCUUCGAAGGGUUCCCCGGCACAGUGCUCGCCCUAGCCCAAUAUUCCGUCUCGGAGGGUAAACUCACCACCGUCCUCUCUGGGUAUGCAUUGGACAAGCCGACGCCAAUCAUGCUCACAACCCACGCAUACUUCAACCUCGGGUCGGAUGUUGCUCCCACCGUUCUGGAGGAUACAUUGCGAGUGGGGGCGUCGCGCGUCAUUGGCGUCGACAAAGACAUGAUCCCCACGGGCGAGAUUGUGUCUCCUGCCGCAGAUGAUGCCCUCAACUUCACCGUCGCCAAGAAGGUGAGCGCGUCCCUCCCGAACGGGCUGGACGACUGUUUCGUCUUCGACUCCAACGCACCCGAGGACAAGCUGGAGUGGACGUCGGCGGCCACAGGCAUCCGCAUGCGCGUGCGCACCAACCAGCCCGCCACCCAGGUCUAUAGCUGCACGGGAUGCGACGGGAGCGCCGUUACCCAGCUUGGUAAGCUAGAGAGCUUUGGCAGCUUGGCUAUCGAGCCGCAGGGGUGGAUCGAUGGGGUUAACCACCCCAACUGGGGACAGGAGCACGUCUUCCGGCCGGGGAGUGCGCCGUUCGUCAAUGUCGCCGAGUACAUCUUCGACGCACCGGGUGCCUAG